AUGUCCACAGAUCUAGAAUUCCAACAAGGCUUGCCCCAACUCCGACUACCCACCAUCAGAAUCAAACCCUCCACCGACGAAAUUCCCACAAUUCAGACCCCAAAGAGUGGCAGCAAUAGCAACAGCGGUGACGAUGAAUGCCGCACCCCGACAUCGCCAGAACACAAGAUUCCAGCGAUGCUAAGCUGCCCUCCGGCCCCGAAGAAGCCGAGACGGACUGAACACUACAAGCGAAAGCUAUGCGAGCUUCAGUUCUUCGAGAUCGUUGGUAGGGAAGAGAUUGAGUCGUUUUUCAGAUCGAGUUUUGGGUUCGUUGAUUUGAAUUCUGGGUCUGUGUUUGUGAUGAAGAGAAGACGAUGGGCCAGCUAA